AUGUCGAAUGCAACGUCUACCAGUAUCGUUUCUACAUUGACAGCAGCUACAUUUCAAAUCAAUCGCUAUUUGACAAUAUGUGUUCUUUUAUUCGGUACUAUUGGAAAUAUUUUGAAUUUGAUCAUAUUUCAUCAACCAAAACAUCGAACAAAUCCAUGUGCUGUCUAUUUUUUCUAUGCAUCCAUUGCCGGUUUAAUUGCUCUUUAUUCAGGUUUAAUCAGUCGAGUUUUUGCAACUUUCUCGUCUGAUAUAUCAGCAACUGAUGCUACUAUUUGUAAAUUGCGAGCAUUCAUUAUUUGGGUAUCAACAACGGCUUCAUCCUGGAUUUUGACUUGUGCCACUAUCGAUCGAUAUUGUAUAAGUUGUCGUGAUGUGCGUCGUCGGAAUCUAAGCAAUCUUCGUUUUACACGCAGAUUAAUGAUUGUUUCGGUUGCUGGUGGAUCAUUGGUAUUUGGCGAAACUUUCUAUUGUUACGUACCAAAUCUUCGAAAUUCUCCAUUAACAUGUUACGGUCAACAUAUGACAUGUCGUUUGUACAAUGAAAUUGCUUCGGCACUUGCAUUUGUUUUUAUACCAUCAACCAUUAUGAUGAUAUUUGGAUAUGCAACUGUACAAAAUGUGAGAAAAUUACUUCGUUCAAUUGCACCGAUGGCUACUACACAUGGAACAACAAUGACAAUUAAGAAGACAGAUCGACAAUUGAUUCGAAUGUUAAUUGUUCAAAUUAUCCUAUUGACUAUAUUCAACAUCCCAUUAGCUAUUCAACGUCUCUAUUUGACAUCGACAUUAACUGUCCCAAAAAGUUUAUUGAGGUCAACCAUUGAAAAUCUUUGUUUUCAGAUAUUCUAUCUUCUGAGUUUUAUGAGUUUUGGAAUACCAUUUUAUAUCUACACAUUAACUGGAACUGUGUUUCGAAAUGAGUUUAUGGAUUUAGUUCGAUUGGUUUAUCGAAAAAUGAAAAUAGCAGUGUUUUAA